AUGUCCAACCCCCACACCGGCACCUCCGACGUCUGGGCACAGCUCGUAGCCAACAUCGCUCCCCUCCUGGUUCUCGUCGGCGAAAAGCACGUCAAGGCCUACUUCAAGACCAUGCACAAGACAUCUCAUCAUCUCCUGUUUGCCGCCUCCCCCAUCGGUCUGGUCACAGCGGUAACUACGCUCAUCCGGCUGGGCGAGUCCCCGUUGUUGAAACGACUGAUCGGCAGACAAUUUGAGCCGUGGGCACAGGUACUAAUGGAUGUCACAUCCGUCUCCUGUGGAGAGGUAGGAUUAGAGUGGGUCAGGGAAGGCGGGCGGUUGGUAUCCCUUGUUAGGGAUGCCGGUAAACUGCCACCUAGGCCAUUCGAGGUUUCAUGCUAUGGCGGUCCGCGUAAAAGGGCCCGGCGCGGUAUGGGUUUCCAGGGAGAAGGCUUUGGGCCUUCAGGGGGGGCGGGGGGCGGGUCUCGCUCGGUGUGCUCGGUGUGCUGCGCCAGCCGAUGGAGGUGUUGGUUGAACAAGCUGAAGACACACUGA